AUGGCCAGCGAACGCUUCAACAUGACCACCAAACAAGACGAUCUCGCCCGGGACACAAUCCAACUAUCCGGCGUUCAACCCAUGACCACCGAUUACGGGAUCAAGAUCUCGGAUCCGGAUCAUUGGCUUCGCGUCGUCGAUGCGCAGCAUAAUGGUCCUUCGUUGCUAGAGGAUCCAAUUGCGAGGGAGAAGAUCAUGCGCUUCGACCACGAACGGAUCCCUGAACGAGUCGUGCAUGCCCGUGGCGCUGGAGCCUUCGGAACCUUCAAGCUCCAUAAAGCCAUUCCUGAUCUCUCCUCAGCCGGUGUCUUGAAUGACACGGAGCGCGAAACGCCCGUUUUUGUGCGGUUUUCUACUGUGCAGGGUAGUCGAGGGAGUGCGGAUACUGUUCGGGAUGUCCGGGGCUUCGCUGUGAAGAUGUAUACUGCUGAAGGGAAUUGGGAUAUUGUGGGGAAUAAUAUCCCUGUCUUCUUUAUUCAGGAUGCUAUUAAGUUUCCUGACGUUAUUCAUUCGGUUAAGCCGGAGCCGCAUAAUGAGAUUCCCCAGGGACAGAGUGCGCAUAAUAACUUUUGGGACUUUCAGUAUAUGCAUUCGGAAACGACUCAUAUGCAGCAGUGGGUCAUGUCGGAUCGUGCUAUCCCUCGUUCGUACCGUAUGAUGCAAGGCUUCGGUGUCAAUACCUACUGUCUUGUGAAUGACAAGGGGCAGAGGCAUUUUGUCAAGUUUCAUUUCACACCGGAGCUCGGGGUUCAUUCUCUCGUCUGGGACGAAGCGCUGAAGAUCGCAGGUCAGGAUCCUGACUUCCAUCGGAAGGAUCUGAUGGACGCCAUUGAGGCAGGCCACUAUCCCAGGUGGAAGUUCGGCAUCCAAGUGAUUCCAGAGGAGAAGAAGGAUGACUUUGAGUUCGAUAUCCAGGAUGCAACCAAGAUCUGGCCGGAGGAACUUGUACCAAUCCAGUACAUUGGACAGCUGGAACUGAAUCGCAAUGUUGACGAGUACUUUCCCCAAACCGAGCAAGUGGCUUUCUGCACAAGCCAUAUCGUGCCCGGUAUUGAUUUCUCGGACGAUCCCCUUCUUGUGGGCCGCAACUUCUCCUACUUCGAUACGCAGAUCUCUCGUCUGGGACCUAACUGGCAAGAAUUGCCAAUUAAUCGUCCCGUAUGUCCGUACAUGAGUCUGGUCAACCGGGAUGGUCAGAUGAGACACCGCAUCACAAAGGGCAAGGUGAACUAUUGGCCUAACAGGUUCGAUGCGAAUCCCCCAUCCUCUCCAGCCCAUGGGGGAUUUGCGACCUACCCUGAAAAGCAGCGGGGCGUGAAAGCACGUGCACUGUCAGACAAGUUCAGCGAGCAUUUCAACCAGGCUCAACUGUUCUACAACUCUCUUAGCCCCAUAGAAAAACUCCAUGUCUCCAAAGCAUUCUCCUUCGAGUUGGACCAUUGCGAUGAGGAGAUUGUGUAUAAGCGUCUCUCGGAACGACUGGCCGUCGUUGACCUCCAGCUGGCUAAGACUGUUGCGAAGAAUGUCGGAGGCAAUACGCCGACCAAGGCACCAAAGGAGAACGAUGGAAAAACAUCGAAAGGCUUGAGCCAGUUCGACUACCUUUCUGACACCGCGCAGAUUACUACUCGUCGAGUUGCCAUCCUCGUAGCGGAUGGCUUCGACCUCAACUCAUACGGGGACAUGAAGAGCGCUUUGCAGCAGCAAAAUGCAUUUGUAUUCACCAUUGGAUCCCAGCGCCAGGGUGUCACCUCUGGAUCAGGGGAGAAGGUGAUUCCCGAUCACCACUUCCCAGGAAUGCGUUCCACGCUCUUUGACGCGACUUUUGUACCCGGUGGAAAACACGUUGAUGUGCUGGCGAAGAACGGCAUCGCUAAGCACUGGAUUGCUGAGUCCUUUGCACACUUGAAGCCUAUUGCUGGCGUAAACGAAGCAGUGGACUUCAUCCGGAAGCAAAUCAACCUAGAUGCGGUCAAAUAUGCCUCGGAUGGUCAGGUUAAGUUGAACGACCUGGUCGGGUUUGUUGUCGCGCUCGUUGCUCUCAAGGUAUCAGAAGCAGACGAAUCGCCGAAAGCCCUAUCUUUUGGCUGGCAACGAGCCCAGUUGCUGGGCGCCUUCUUCAAUGGCGUCCUACUCUUCGCGCUUGGGAUUAGCAUCUUCCUACAGUCCAUUGAGCGAUUCAUCACACUCCAGCGUGUUGAGAAUCCUAAGCUCAUGUUCAUCAUGGGAGCCAUCGGACUGACCCUGAACCUUAUCAGCGCCACGUUUCUCCAUGAGCAUCAUCAUCAUGAUCACGGACAUGAACCUAGUUCUGUGGCUCUGGAAGAGCUUCCGGUGUCGACGACGGAUGACAUCACAGUACCGGAACGACCAGGAAGCCCGAACCACGAUAACCAUAAACACCUUUCGCAUGGGGCUCGGACAACCUCUCACGGACAUGACCUAGGAAUGCUAGGGGUCUUGACCCAUGUUAUAGGCGAUGCGGCCAAUAACCUUGGGGUGAUGGCAGCGGCCUUGGUCAUAUGGUUCACUCACUAUGGAGGGCGAUUCUAUGCGGAUCCAGGCACAAGCAUGGGAAUAGCCAUCAUGAUAAUGUUGUCUUCAAUUCCACUAGUACGGCGAUGCGGUCUCAUCUUGCUAGAAAGCGCGCCUAAUGGAGUCGACGUCGAGGAUGUGAAGCAUGAUCUAGAGAAGAUCCCCGGUGUCCUAUCAGUCCACGAGCUACAUAUCUGGCGCUUAAACCAGCACAAGGCGCUCGCAUCGGUUCAUGUUAUGGUAUCCGAUUGCUCAGUGCCGAGCUUCCUGAAAUUGAGUAAGACCAUCAACGAAUGUUUCCACGCAUACGGGAUCCAUUCCACCACGAUUCAGCCGGAGAUGGCCCAUCCGGAGACGAUCGCAGUCGGACAGCCGGCAGUGGAAACAGAACGGGCUUCACAGAUUGAAAUGUCUGAGAAGUGUCAGGUGAUAUGUGGAACAUUAUGUGAAGAAUUGACGUGUUGUGGAUAG